AUGCAUUCAGGGCACCGACAUCAUGCUCCAAUCCCAGGGAGGAAGUACCAGCUAAAGACCAACCUACAGCAGGGAAAGCCAUACAUCAAGGUGCCAGAAAACAUCAUGGACUACGCCUCGUUGCCAAACACACGCGCUCUCGACGUCCUUUCUUCGAUCCCCGCCGACAAGAAGAUUCGUCUCAGCGGUGGUACCACCACCAUCACCACCACCACGGCAGCAGCAGGCACUGCUGUAGCUCAAGCCGUGGCCGAGGCAGCCCCAUCAUCAUCACCAUCAUCAUCUUCACCAGCCGCUGCAGGAGAACGACGCUACCUUGACGUACUGCCGGGCGUUGUCCUCAGGGAGAUCGUCUCCUUCACGACCGACAGCUCCCUCAGCGGCGUCUGUAGGACAACUCUGGGAGCCAUCCGCGAGCUGCACUACAAAAUCGACAUGAACAAGGUCUCCUCCGCCCAUUACUUGAAGAGAUCGGAGCUAACAAACCACAUGGGGCUUGAUGCUUCUGGAGCUCUGGCUACUGGCAGGGCUGUCGUCCGAAUCACGAUCACUCACGUGCUCCAUGCCCAGGACCCUGCUCUGGAACAGGCCAUCCGGAGGGUCGUGCAGCAUUCAAUACCCACCCUGCGCGAGAUCGCCAUCCGCCGGUACCCCACAUGGAACGGACGCGCCAGGGUAGGCGCCAUCCUCGGGGAGCUCGUACCCCUCUCUGCCAAGCGCCACCGCGUGGCCCCGCGGCUCGCACGGGUACACCUGGUGGACGGAGCCACGGGCGUCGCGAAGGCCGGCAGGGCGGUGGCGGCCGGUCUGUGGCCGGCCCUGGAGGUGCUCACCUUCUCGCACUGCCGGGCGAACGCGGGCCACUUCCGCGACCUGGCGCGCGGGCUCCGCUCGGGGCUCGCCCCGAGGCUGCGGGUGCUAGGGGUAGGCGCCAUCCUCGGGGAGCUCGUACCCCUCUCUGCCAAGCGCCACCGCGUGGCCCCGCGGCUCGCACGGGUACACCUGGUGGACGGAGCCACGGGCGUCGCGAAGGCCGGCAGGGCGGUGGCGGCCGGUCUGUGGCCGGCCCUGGAGGUGCUCACCUUCUCGCACUGCCGGGCGAACGCGGGCCACUUCCGCGACCUGGCGCGCGGGCUCCGCUCGGGGCUCGCCCCGAGGCUGCGGGUGCUAGGGUGGGACGACCAGUCCAGCGUCAGGGACGUCGCGGUCGAUGACGUCAUCCUCGGCGCGCUGUCCUGGGGGCAGUGCCCACUCGUGGAACGCCUCAGCUUCACGGGAAACCGUUUCUGCCCGGAGCACAGAAUCAGAUACCUGGAGGAGAUGUUGUGGGUCUGCCCUCGCUUGCGAGAGCUGCGCAUGGACUGCAGCCGCACGCCUCACCAUCAGCUGAGCGUCCUGGCGGGCGCCCUGGCAGGAGGGCACGUGCCACGGUUGGAGCGGCUUCUCGUUAGGGCAACGGCGCGCUACUACCGUGACAGCGACGUGGAGCUGCUGGCGCUGAAGCGGGCCGCGGCUUCGAGGAGCCCUCCCGUGGAGCUCGAGUUACAGAUCAAGACGCGACUGAAACAAUAA